AUGUACGGUGGUAUGGUGAUCUCGAUGGCGGCAACGGGCGCUCUAUGCGCGACGUCGGUACGCUGGCCGCUGACCUUCUACGUGUUUGGCGGCGUCGGGCUGCUAUGGUGCCUGCCAUGGUGGCUGCUAGCUGCCGACUCGCCGGCGCUGCACAGGAACAACGACCCGGCUGAGCGUCGAUACAUCGAGGCCACUAUACAAUCGAGUGCCAAGCAAAAACUGCCUGUGCCGUGGAGGAGCCUGCUGUCGACGCCAGCUAUCUGGGCCCUGGUCGUCUACCUCAUGGCCUCGGACAUUACUCUGUGCCUGCUACUGUCUUCGCUGCCGCUCUACAUUGCCGACAUCUUGCACUUUGACGUGGAAAGUAAUGCUAUCCUGUCUUCUGUUCCUCAAAUCACCGGCUCAGUUGGCAAUUUGCUGUUUGGAUGGUUGGUUGACUUCAUUUACCGGAAGGGAUGCGUGUCAAAAAUUAGUGGCUUCCGUAUCAUAAAUGGAAUAGGGCUGCUGGGUCCCGCGGUGGCGCUGGUGGUGGUGGCGCUGGUGGGCUGCGACUCGGCCGCCAUCGUGGCGAUGCUGGGGUUCGGCGGUUUCUGCAUGGCCGCGCACUGCUCCGCCUUCUAUAUGAACAUGCAGGCCAUAGCGCCCAACUUCGCCGGCACUCUCGUCGGCUUUGUCAACACCUUCGCCAACAUAUCGGGCAUCAUUGUCCCUUAUGUAGUCGGAGCUGUCACCAAUGAAAAUCCGACGCGGGCGUCGUGGAACUUGGUGUUCUACAUGACGGCAGCGGUGGCGGCGGCCGGCUACGUCCUCUACGCCGUCUUCACCACCGCCGAGGAGCAGCCUUGGGACGUCCCAUCCACAGAGAACGAAGCCACAGCGAAGAAUGACAAGGGCGUUGUGAACACAGCGUUUGAUGCGGACGACUCUCUGUUCAACAGUCGAAGAUCUAGACUCUAA